AUGACCUGCGGUGCGGACUAUGACUGCCGCCAGCUGCCGGAGGAGCAGCCGUACCGCAUCAUGCGGCUGAAUCGUAGACCGGCCGUUGGUCCCUCCCAUCAGGGGGCCUGCGGUGCCGCGGAGGAGUGCGGGGGCCCGCACACGCGGAGCAGCCGCAGCAGUGAAAGUCGAUCCGCCCCGUCGCUGCAGGUGUACGUGGCGCCCGCGUCGGAGACAGACGCGCCUGCUUUUCCUUCCACACCGCCGCACGUGGGCGGCGAUGCCGCCGUGCCGAGCCAGCGGCUCCACCUGCGCGGCGCAAGCACCACGCGGGCCGUCUCUUGCCACCUCGAGGGCGGCGCCGCGCUCGUCACCGACGAAGCGCGUCUUUUGUUUGCGGGGCGGGGACCGGCGCCGGGCGGCGCCUGCACGGCGAUGCAGCAGCACGUGCAGCUCUUCCGCGACCCCACGGCGACGGCCACCCCGCCGUUUGGCGACACGGCAUCGACGGCAGCAGCCGCCGCCGCCGCCGCAGGCCCCGCGCACUGCCGGCGGGCUCGGCUCGAGAUGCUGCGCGGCAGCGGGCCGCUCUGGUGA